GCUACCAGAGCGCCAACUUCGGUAAAAGACAUCAAUGGGCACGUUUUCAUCAAAGCGUUGUCGCAGUUCUUGAAGAAGACCGGGAAGGUUAAGCAGCCAGAGUGGUCUGAUCUUGUGAAACUGAGUUCGGCAAAUGAGCUCGCACCUUAUGAUCCCGACUGGUUUUACGUCAGGUGUGCGGCGAUCUUGCGCCAUUUAUACAUUCGUCCCACCGGAAUGCUUGGUCUUCGUCGGAUUUUUUCUCGUAAGAAGAGAAACGGCGUAAAGCCUUCCCAUCGUGUCCUGGCCCACUCAAGUGUUAUCCGGAAGGCGCUUCAGCAAAUGGAAGCACUUGGGCUUUGUACGAAAGUCGAGUCCGGGUGA